CCUUUGGAGCGGGCUCAAAGUGAUCUCUCUCUGUCUCUUCUUCUCUCAUUCUCGUUUGCACAAGCACAGAUUCAACUGGACUUUUGAGCAAAUUGAACACCUCUCCUCCAUCGGCGCUUGGCGUGGAGAACGACCAAACCCUUUGGUGGACAGACGGCGGCUACCACCAUAACCACAACAACAACUUUCAAUAGCUAUACUAUGUGAAGCUAGAGUCAGGUACCUUCGCCUUCUUUGCUCGACUUGCAUGUUGGAAAUGGCUCUUGUUUUAGAUGGCGAACAUGGUGUUUCUGUGAUGUGAGCUUGGUUUUUUGCUUGUCCGUUGGAUGUUGUAUGGUGUGGUCAGCUGGGAGAGGGAGACCAAGAUCAUGGAGGUAAUCAUUAUGAUGAUGAUGAUGAUGAUGAUAUGCUUGAUGAAGUGGUAAUCAUCUCUGGUGUUGCCUCCUAUGCACAUGAAUGUGCCAAAAUGUAGCGGUUCUUGGAUGGUCUGCCUAAGUGGGGAAAACAUUUCAGACUCCGUCAACCGAGUGGGAGGGAUAUAGAGUGCUUCCACAUUCUUCCCAAAUGUGUUGGAGACACCACUUCGAAAGUGAUAAUGGACGCGUAGAAGUCAAAGCAGAGCAACGACUUCAUCAACAUCAACAUGAAUCCCAUCCCUGAGGAAUCCAUCUCCAGCUUGGGAUCAAGAUCCGAGGGCAGAGCUUGGCGGCACAAUGUCAAAAGUGAAUCGUCGUCGCCCUCGCCCAGUUCGUCAUCUUCCAGAUCAUCGACUUCGGGCGGAUCUGGCUCCGGAUAUGAGUCUGAUUGGGAGAGGGAAGUCUCUGAGGACGGGAGUGUGUUCUUAGUGGUGCCAAGUUUACCCCAGGAGACUCCGGAAUUGCUUGAAGAGGUCAACGGCACCUGGUCCAAAGAUCCUGUUGACAAGUCCGUCAAGAAAACAGGAAAGUUGUCUCGCCUUGUUCGAAGACGUGAGAGUAAACGAGAUCGCUCAGUGUUUCCAAAUCAGGAUAGCCCCAAAAGGAUUGCCAAUCAGGCUCAGUUGCAUCACGAAUCCAGCGACAAUGAUAGCAGCACCUAUUAUGGCCAACUCAAGACAUUUGAAUCCGUCUUUGAAGGAUCCAAUCCCGUGGAAAUGCACGAGGUCACUCUUCGAAUCAAAGGUCGGAAAUCCGUCCAACCCGGUCAAAGCUUGAUGGAAAACAUGAUGGGCAUCAUCCCGGUCCGACAUGGACUGGAACCGCAACAUUUGAAUAACGUGGUGGUGGCCGGGUAUCUCACAGAUGGGCCGGCAAUUAAAAUCAGUGACAAGCUACAAAUUGGAGACAUCAUUCGUCUUGUGGAUGGUCAACAAAUCAACCUGUCUACCAUUGAGCAAAUGCUCUCAACGUAUAGUUCGUCGACCAAGAUCAAGAUGACCAUUCAAAGGCCGACUCGAAUAUAUCCGACGGAUAACUCGAGUUCACUGGACGACUCGAGCACGGAAAACUAUCAAGCACCCGCGAACAUUUCUAAUCUUUUUGAUGGCAACGCCCCAUCUCCCGGUGAGGUUGAAGGCAUCUUGAAAAAGUUACCUUUUGUGGGUCUGUAUCUUACCCGGACUGGGAUCACAGAGACAUCGCCAGAGAUGGCCGAUGUGUUAUUCCAGUUUCCAUUAAACUUGGUUGGAGACCAUUCUGCUCGACUCAUCAAGGCCCGUGGCAUGUUCGUCACUCUAUGCCAAGCUUUGCCCGAUGUAACGAACUCCAAACCGAUCGUCUCAACGGUCGUUCUUAAUGAUCACCUCGUCCACAUUGGCUUCGCUGAGGAACGCGAAGACACUCUCCUUUUGGCAUUUCCGGCCACAAAGUGUUCGUCCAAGAUCGUGUGUCAGAUUGUCAGAGAUGUCGUGCGGCUCCUCCGCCUUCGAUAUCAAACCCUUGCCAAUGCAUUUAAUCCGAAAAACCACUCCGAGAUCAAUCAGUUCUUCGCUGUCCUCUUCUUGGACGAGCUUCUGAACCUCAGUGCCCUCAGUCGGUCCUCUUUGGAUUUGUCCACCCUGUUCCGGUCCCACGAGGCUAAAUUUGAUCAGAAUCUACCGGCUUCACAAUGGUUGUAUCUGCCGGAGGAAAUCAAGUUUCAAGUGGACGAUGCCAUGAACCAGUUUGAGUCCAGUGAUUUCCAAGACUUUAACGAUGAGUUCUAUGACCUCCCAAGAGAGUUUAACAUCGUGGGGUCUUGCCUGUUCCAUAGAGGACACCUUCUCGCUUCUCAUAUGCCUCGUGAUGAUAUGGUGGAUAUCCUGCUUUGGUGUCGGUUCAAAAAGCUUCUGGGACUGACCCAAUUGAGCCGUGUGCAUCAACUGGUCGCUUGGCAUGAAGUUUUCGUCACUCGAGAAAGCUUUAGAACCACCAAACUUCUUGGACCCCUUGAUUAUGAUGAAUCUAUGCAACGUACUUUCUUAUUGGUGGUUGGUCUCGGUCACCAACUCCUAGGCGCCGUUUUCUCCAUUGGAGGUUGCUCAGGCGAUCCCAUUGGACCAGUCAAGCCUGAUCCAUUCUAUGUGGAUCAAGCCAUGAACACGCUGGAUCAUUUGGAGGACAUGGGUAUUCCAAUGGUCUGCGACAGAUGGUUGACUUUGCCAGCUAAUCCAGAGAUCGUAGAUGUGGAUCAUCUCUAUGAGAAGGCUAUCACUUCCAAAAGACUCGACGCUCAUGCUUUGAGUGGAGCAUCAACCAGUGCCAAGCAUCUGCCAGACAAGGGCAUUGUAUUGCGGAAAACCCGGAGCGUGGACUAUUCUUUGGCCAGUUCACCCACUGAGUCGGACGAGCUAAGUUUGAAUCGAAGCGAAAACAGCGAGCAAAGCGAAGAGCUUCAAACUGAAUUUCGAGAAGAUUCCAAAGCCAGUGACCCCUCAAAAUCGGAAGAGGGCAGUUCAGUGUGGGAGCUUCAUCGAAGUGGUCAGAGGUCUCACAAGAAUUUCUCAGGAGACCUCCCUCAAGAUUCCUCUUUGAACGAUUCUGUUGGCUCAGAUGAGUUCGUCCGCUAUCAAGUAUCUCAAUUGACCCUCAGCCCUGAAAACACACUAUUUCAUUACAUUCACCUGGAAGUUGGGCAAGGUGUAUAUCUAGCCCCCCUAUCUCCCCCCAAAUCUCCGCUGCAUUCUGCCCUAAUUGAAAACUUCCGCGCCACGUGUCAAAUUAUUCACUCCACGUUCCAAGUGAGCCUCAAAUCUCGUGAGAUGGUUCGGACGUUGAAGACAUCCCCAAAGCCGUGGCUCAACCGAUCUUUGGUGGCUGUCAAAGAGCAAGCUCUCUUGUUCCAUUGGACCCCGGACCCAGUCACGGAGACCAAGCCACCGGCCAAGAACAUGCCCGUGUUAUCGUAUUGGGUGUGUGGGAGACUGUUCCUGGGGGCAAAUCCGAGAGAGUGCUACAUUUGCUAUCACGAAUCUGCCCCUCAAGAUAUGAUUGAAUUGGCAUUUCGCUUAGCACAUGGCAUCCACGUUUGACAAUCAAAACUAUUUACCUGUGAUAUCCUUGGGUUCUCAAACAAGCUCUUGUUAAUACAAGGGUGGACCAUUGACAUUGAAAAUGCAAAUAAAAUGAUUCUUUGACAAAUACAAGAAAGCUUAGGUGGACAGACCCUCUCUGCCGUAGACAUUUGCCAUCCAAAUCUACUUCACCGCGUAAUUGUUUGGACCUUUCAUUCUACCACCAAUUAAAUUAUAUAAAUUAAAAUUCCCCAUUGUUUAAAUCAUAAGGUAAAACGAUCAAACGGACAUGCCCCUAAAAUCGAUACGAAUCUUUAUUGGCCUCAUACGAUGUGUAUACGAAAAAUGGUUUACGUUCAUUGUGCUUUCUC